AUGUCGUCCUCCUCCUCGUCGUCGUCCUCCUCCGCGUCGUCGUCGUCCGCGGAGGACCGCGCCUCGGCGCUGCGCCGCCGGUACGUGUCCCUGCGACAAGCGGACCUCAGCCGAGAACGACUGGCGGGACCCGUGCCGCGGGAGCGCGCGACGACGGUGUUCCCCCCGCCCUCGCCGCCCCCCUCCGCCCCGGGGCACGCCAUCUUCCUCGACGACGUCCUCUUCGCGCCGCCGCGCGUCGUCGCCGCCGCCGCCGCCGAUGCGUCGUCGUCGCCGCCGCUCGCGAGGGCGACGCGCGAGCUCUGCGCCUUCGUCCGCGCCGAGACCCUCGCCGUCACCCACGCCGCGGCGAGGCUGGAACACUCCGCGCCCCUCGCCGAACCGUCCGCGCUCGGGAGGUGGACGGACGCGACGGACUCGCUCGCGGAGAGGGCGACGUGCGCGUGGGACCUCCUCGCGCUCGCGGAAGACGCGACGGCGACGACGACGACGGCGGAUGCCGCCGAGAAAGUAGGUCACCACCUCGACAACCUCGACGUCGUCCCCGACAACCUCGACAGCCUCGACGGCGGCUCCCUCGCCACGGUCCCGUCGGACGGUGACAUGUUCGACGCAGCUCGCCCGGGCUCGCCGCAAUCCCCGCUCGGGCACGGGGUGCCACGCGUCCGCCACGUGGCCGCCACGCGUCCGGACGACGAAUCGAAGACGUCCGAUCUCUUCGCCGGAGCGUUUGCGGAGUUUGACGCCGCGGUGUUGGCGCUCUCCGGAGCGUACGCCGCCAUCCGAAAUGCCAGCUCGGAUGCCACGUCGGAUGCCAACUCGGUGUGGACCCCGCCCACAACGUUCGAGCGAAGGACGAGAAAGUACUGGAUACGGCCCAGAGACGUCCUGCGGGUCAAGCUCGCGACGUGCAAGCACCUCCCGGUGUUGGUUUUCGGCGGGCGGGACGGGCGAGCCGCCUCCGCCCCUUCGAGAGGCGCAAAAAACCUCGCACUCGGCGACGUGGGACCCGUCGACGGUUGCCUCGUGUCGUCCGUGUACUUCGACGACGAUACGCUGGACGUGUACCGGACCCGCAUGGAGCGCCUCGAGGGCGCGACGCUCGUCCGCGUGCGUUGGUACGGCGGCGGAUCAUCGACGAAGGACCCGUCGCCGUUCGCCGCAACCGCCGAGGGUGCCGAGGGUGCCGAGGGUGCCGAGGGUGCCGACGACGACGAACACGGCCCGUCUCGAGUGUACGUCGAGUGCAAGACGCACCACGAGUCUUGGUCCAACGAGUCCAGCGUCAAGGAACGCUUCCGGCUCGACGCGAGGGACCUUAAGUCGUACCUCGCCGGCGGCGUCGCGGCCAAAUCCCGAACCAGCGACCGAACCCUCCACCAAACCCUCGACGCCAAAUCCGCGACGCUCGCGAAGGAAGUCGCGCAGGACCAGUUGUUCGCCAGGGGUCUGGCGCCGUCCGUGGGCACGCGCUAUCGACGAACGGCGUUUCAGCGCGCCGAUACCAACGACGUGAGGGUCUCCCUGGACGUGGACCUCGUGUUCACGGAUGCGCGCGACUGUUCGUAUCCGCGCGACGGUUCGCGUCGCGCGCCCGUUCGGUUCCCGUGCGCGAUACUGGAGGUCAAGCUGGCGCGCGCCGACGGGGACGACGCGGGCGGGGGGACGCCGGAUUGGAUCGAGGACGUGCUCGCUGCGGGUAACGCCACCGAGGUGAAGAAGUUUUCAAAGUUUCUUCACGCCACCGCGGCGCUCCGGGUGGACACAAACGGAGGCGUCGACGCGGCGCUGCCCCACUGGUACGGAGCCGAGACGGCCGACGACCGUUACGACGACGAAACCGCCGCCGAGGUACGAACCGCCGCUCCCAUCGCGGACCACGUGUGCGUCGCCGUCGACGACGAAGGCUGCGAACGCCGGCGCGAACCCCUCGCCGGGCUCAGCGGCGUCGCCGGCGUUCCCUACUACCCGGUCCCGUCGCCCCCGUCCGUUCUGAAGUCGCGCGAUACGCCGCCGCCCACGCCCAAGCCCGCCGUCGUCGCCCGUCGCAGGUACGUCCCGGUCAAGGUGGAGCCCAAGACGUUCUUCGCGAACGAGCGCACCAUGCUGCAGUGGCUGUCGAUGUCCAUCCUGAUCCUGUUCAUGUCGCUCGCGCUCCUCUCGCUCGACGGCCGCGGGUACGCCCGCGGAACGACCGACGCCGUCAUCGGCGACGGCGGCGGCGGUGGGGGAAUCGGCGCGGCGUCCUCCUCGCUCGGCACCCCCGUCGGCACCCCCGUCGGCACCCCCCGCGGGCCGGCCGUCGCCUCGGGUGUUUGCGGCGCCAUCCUCGCGCCCGUAGCCGUAGCGUUCAUGGCGUACUCGCUGUGGAUGUACCUGUGGCGCGCUCGGCGGAUCUCGAGACGCGAGCCGAGCGCGAGGUACGACGACAGGUGGGGUCCCGUCGUCUUGGUGGUGAUGCUGAUGGGGAUAUCGUGCGCCGCCGUCGUCCUUGCGGUAGUGUCCCGCCCGUGGUGA